AUGCCUUCAUUCGCAGCAACUGUGUUGUUCCUCCCCCUUCUCGGGCUUUGCAGUGCCAAAUGCCUCCCUGCCAAGGUGCCGCAAGACGUCACUUCUCCCACAGCCGUCGCCUCUUCCCCAGCCGUCACUUCUCCCGCAGCCGCCAACGAGGGCUCAUCAGUGCCCGUUGCAGGCCAGAACGCCACUUCUGGUUCCAAGAUCCCAGAUGAAUUUAAGCCAGGCGUCAAGUGGCAGAUCAACAUUCAAAACCCAGUUGACCCUCGGGCCGGUUUGCAGCCGGCUGAUGCCAAGGUCAUUGACAUCGAUCUCUUUCACGCGAGCAAAGACCCCACCGUGAUACCCGCACUUCAUGCGGCCGGGGCCACUGUGUUGUGCUACUUCAACUUGGGCGCAGUUCAGACAACGGACUGUGACUGGUCAAGCUGGGAGAACGAUGGGCUCAUGAAGACGAGCCAAACCGUAGAAAAUUACGCCCAGGAGAAAUACGUCGACGUCACGGAUGCGACCGUCCUCGAGCUCCACAAAUCCCGUAUCGACCUCGCUCAUCAAAUCGGUUGCGAUGGCCUGGAUCCCGAUAAUAUUGAUACAUUUGAGCUGUCGGCGGAUGAGUCCAUCGGCAAGCAGAUCACACAAGAAGACAUGAUCAACUUCCUCUCGACUCUCGCGGAAUACGCACACUCCAAGACAACAACACUUGGUCACUCCCUUAUGAUCGGACAGAAGAAUGCGUGGAGCAUUACGGAAAGCGUGCACACAUUCAUGGACUUCGCUAUUUCCGAGAAUUGCGUCGGAUCGGUGAACGUCGGCUCCAACAGGGGAGCGCCUGACGAGUUCUGCACCGUCUUCCAAAAGUAUUAUGCCGAUAACGGCAAGCCGGCCUUUGACAUCGAGUACCCUUCAAGCCUGGCGGCCGGCGGCGGCAGCGAGAAGCGACAAGAUGGUGAAAGUGUGGCCGAUGGAUCUGAGGGUGGAUGCGCCGCCGCAACCAGUGAGGCUGAUAUCACAGCCUACUGUACCUCCCAAGCAAGCAGUACUGGAAUCAGCCGGAUCCUGAAGCUCGACAACGACAACUACGGUCUGAACGGCUGCACACAGUACUGCGACGAGGCUACAUCGUUCGUCAUGACAACGUAUCCGUCAAACGACACCAACUCCUGUGGAUAG